AUGUACAGCUAUACAAAACAGGCUCUUUUGAACAUACGCGAUUCCAGUGUGCCUGUUAGAACAAAGAGUACUAUUGUGCCAGCAGUGUGGAACUUGAUGAAACAACUAAAGAUAGCCAAAGUCACUCGUCGUGGUUGUCGCUCUGGCAAAAGAAAAUAUAGACGAAUAACUAUCCGUAUUACAACUCGUCCUCAAAACAACUAUCCAAAACGAAGUGGAGCUUGCCAUGCAAACCUAGCUGCUAUACCGGCAGCUGUAACAAAACCUAAAGCACGUUUACUGCCCAAAGUCUACCUCUGCAACCCCCGGUCCUUAAACAACAAGUUUGAUGAAUUCAGUACAAUGUUGAAAGACUUGAAUAUUGAUAUUGCUGGAGUGUGUGAGUCAUGGUUCUCUACUGGAAACCCAAUGGAACAUUUCCAAAUCAAAGAUUACACCCUCAUGACAAAGAACCGUUCACAUAGACGUGGAGGUGGGGUAGCCAUUUAUGCUCGUGAGAACUUUGGGGUUCAAAGAUUUGAUGCUAUUACAGUGCCAGACCAUCUUGAAGUAUUGUGGGUGAAAGCCAGACCGCAAAGACUACCACGUGAUAUUGCUGUCCUGUUUUAUGCAAUUAUUUAUCACCCACCUAACUGUACCCAUGAACGUGAACUUAUUGAUCAUUUACUGGAUGGUUUCGAUUAUAUUCACACCAACUACCCGCAUGCUGGUGUGACUUUGUUCGGCGACCUUAACCACCUUGAAACCAGUCAGAUUUGCUGUGGGAAUGGGCUGUCCCAAGUGGUGAAGCAACCUACACGUAAAGACGCAAUCCUUGACCAAAUCAUCACCAACCUGGCAUGUUACUACAAUGUCCCUGAAAUAUGUUCCCCGGUUGGCACAAGCGACCAUUCUUCAGUUCUUUGGUCGCCUCUGAACAGCACCCUCACAAAGAUCAACACAACGCGAUCCCGAGUUGUACGACCUAUGAGAGACUCAGACAUCAGAGCGUUUGGGGUUUGGAUUGUGGAUCAUGACUGGCCAGAAGUUCAUGGACAAACAAGUGCUACCGAGAAAUGUGAUGCGUUUAAUGACACCUUGCAAUCCAAAAUAGACCACUACUUCCCUACAAAAACCAUGACACUCCAUAGUACCGACAAACCUUGGAUGACCACCUACGUCAAACGUCUUAUCCGGAAGCGCCAACACGUUUUCCACCACGAGCAUCGUUCUUGCAAAUGGAAACGACUACGAAAAAAGGUCCGUCGUGAAAUCGCCAAGGCCAAAGAAGAACAUUUCAAAACGAGAGUCCAACGACACAAAAAAGCUAACCCAGCAGAGUGGUAUAAGCAGAUUAAGCUCAUGGCUAACUUGAACAACUCUCAAUCAUGUAUACAACCUCCUCCAGGCGUUGACUCCCAAGAUUUUCAAGCCAAUGCUAGCGGUAUUAACGACACCUUUGCUUCGGUUGCUAAAGAUCUGGAAGCCCUCGAUACUUCUCAACUCCCUGUGUAUCGACCUGAUCAACAUCCCUGUCCCAUUGUUCAGGACUACGAAGUUUACGACAUGUUGAGGAAGACAAAGCCAGGGAAAGCCCCUGGACCUGAUGGUAUAUCUGCACGGUUAAUCAGAGAGUUCGCGUACGAACUUAGCAAACCCCUCUCGAGCAUCCUCAAUCAAUCCUACAAUGAAGGUAUUGUCCCACCUCGAUGGAAGAGAGCUGUGGUCGUCCCUAUUCCCAAAUCUAAACCAGCGACUUGGGACAAGUUAAGACCAAUAUCCCUGACUGACCACUUUGCGAAAGUUGCGGAAGGCUUCAUGGCUAAGUGGCUGCGCAAGGACUUGGAUAAAUCUAUAGACCCCAACCAGUACGGUAAGGGGAGUCUCUACCACUCAUUACCUGGCGAAACUUAUGGACACUUUGCUCAUGAAUUCUGA